AUGGACUCGACUGGUCCCAGUGAUCCUAUGGAGUACACAAUGGGAACAAUACGACAAACUGCGCUUACUGAUAUAUCUAACCAAAUUAUCACAGGUCCGUCCGAUGAACAUGAGCGUCAUCGGGAGGAGAGGAAUAGAAAACAACGAGAAUACCGUGCAAGAAGAAAGGCUGAAGAAACCAACGAAGAAAGGGAGGCGAGAAAUAAAAGAAUGUGUGAUUACCGAGCGAUGAAGAAGGCUGACACAGUACUAUACUCGCCCAGACAGACGCAGGCUUAUGCUACUGGAUCUUCGAUCGUAAUACAAACCAACACAAAGGUGGCAGAGCCGGUAACACCUGUUGUUGCGAGGGGCUCUUUACACCAACUGCCAACAUCAGUGGAACCAUUUUCAACCAUUUCUCAACCUUCAACCUAUAAUCAAUCCGGUAGGUAUUCGUUGUUGUAA